GGGGCAAGAUGGAGGCGCUGAUUUUGCCCCAGUGGGACCAGGGGAAGGUAUCUGGUUUGCUAAUGGUGGCAAGAGCCUUCAGGACUGAAGGUAUGUUCAUAUCUCUUCAGGAACCCUCCCUGUAUACUGUCAAAGCCAUCCUGAUUCUGGACAAUGAUGGAGAUCGACUUUUUGCCAAGUACUAUGACGACACCUACCCCAGUGUCAAGGAGCAAAAGGCCUUUGAGAAGAACAUUUUCAACAAGACCCACCGGACUGACAGUGAAAUUGCCCUCUUGGAAGGCCUGACAGUGGUAUACAAAAGCAGCAUCGAUCUCUAUUUCUAUGUGAUCGGCAGCUCCUAUGAAAAUGAGCUGAUGCUCAUGGCUGUUCUGAAUUGCCUCUUCGACUCAUUGAGCCAGAUGCUGAGGAAAAAUGUAGAAAAGCGAGCUCUGCUGGAGAACAUGGAGGGGCUCUUCUUGGCUGUGGAUGAAAUCGUAGACGGAGGGGUGAUCCUGGAGAGCGAUCCCCAGCAAGUGGUACACCGGGUGGCGUUAAGAGGAGAAGAUGUCCCCCUUACGGAGCAGACCGUGUCUCAGGUGCUGCAGUCAGCCAAAGAACAGAUCAAGUGGUCACUCCUUCGGUGAAGACCCCACUGUUCCUGGCUCCUCACCCCCUCAAAAAAUCCACAUGUCUGCUGUGACUUCUCAUCCAGCCCCCCAACUGAUGCUCUCAGGGUCAUCUCGGGGAUAACAGGGAUCCUUAAGUCUCCAUCCUGUCUGUGGUUGCCCCCUCGCAAACCCGUAUACGCCUCCCGUUCCUUCUCGCUCUUUUUUGCAGUCCUGGGAGUAAAGCUGUCAGCAGAUUUGGACACAGGGCAGGGGAAGCACCCUCUUCCUUGCUCGACUGGAUUAUGCUCCCAUGCUCUCCUAUCCCCCAUAUUUUCUCCUCCACUUCUGUGCCCUUUGCUGCAGCUACACUUCAGAUCAAAGCAGGAGAAAGAAUGUGCUGAGUGUUUUCCUCCCUUUGCCUUUACCCUGCCUUCAUCCCAACAGCCCAUAUGUCCAGCAAGGGGAGAGAGAGAAUUCUUUUCUGUAGAAGGAGUGCGGGUGGGGAGAGGCAUAUGAAGUCUCAGCCACAGCCCCACUUUCUGGCCUCGGUAUUUUCUCCCAUUCCUUCUUACUGCCCAGGCCUCCAGCCUUGGAAAAAAGAUUGGGAACAGCUCAUAGGCAGGGGACAGAGUGGAAGGAGCAGUGAUUUAAAUUUUAUUGGAGAGGGCUUAUAAAAUUCUGUAUUUCAGACACAGCUGCAUUUUUUACCCUGAUCCUGGCUUAUAGCUUCAAAACUUCUGUGGUCUGUGAGUGUUCGUUGUGGGAGUGUCUGUCUCUCGGUCUGAUACCUUAACUUUCCACCUUCACUACCCGUGCGAGCUCUGCCUGGCUUGCCCUGUCUGUGCUCUGGAGCCAAGCCAGUCCCUGAUCUAAAACUCCAUUCUAGUCUUGGGAAGAAGAGUUUCUGCUCAGAACUGGGGACGGGGUGGAAUUUAUGACUUGGGCCUCUGGGCUCUCUCAGUCCCCUUCUCUCUCCCGCAUGCACCUCACUCCUCUGCCUUGGGUCUGUGAUCUCUGCUGCCUAACCCUGUCCUCUCUCUGCCUCAGCCUUACAUCCGGGCGGUAGGUCUGGGCGCCUUCCUUCCCUAGGUCGCUGAGAGAGGUGCCUUUCUUCAGAAGACCUUUGGGAUUUGGAUUUCCCCAGGAAGACGGAGGAUGGGACACCCACUGUUGGGUCAUCUCUCCCCUUGACCCAAAACUUCCCACAAAAAUGUCUCAAGAAACCUUCCUGAGACUUAGCGUUCUGCCCCCACCCACUAACUGCCAGUUCUCCAAGUGGGGCGGAUAACUGGGCAUCCUGGAGGGGGCAUUUUUGUGUAAGAGAUGUACGGAGUCAGGAUGAUAGCCACCUUCAUAUACUGCUCUGCGCAAAGAGGAAUAAAACAUUUCUUUUU